UAAAUAUUAGUAUUAAGGCUUUUAAUUCUGUAUAGUAUAUGUAAAUAUGCCCCACAACAGACUAUGCAGUACUCAAGCAACUAGAUCGUACCCAAAUUAUAAUAAGCAGCAAAAUGUACAAUCCGGAACGUCAUCGGGUGUGAUGGAGCCAUUGAACUCAAUACGUGAAAGAUAUCAACGUGGUUCGCAACACAUUCACAACAAAGUUCGUUCUGAUUUAAAACAAAGCAUGGAAAAGGAACGAAACAAUGUAUUAUAGUUGAGAGAAAUGUUGAUAUGUUGUGCCAAGCUAAGCAAAUUUUCCAAAAUUUUACUGAACAUGUUCGGAAAAAGGAUGAAAUCAUUAAAACUUCAAUGGAAAACUUAAGAACCUUAACAAAACAAUUAGAACAGUCAGCGAAUGAUCCAAGGAAGAAACAUAUGGAACAACGUUUAACGCAAUUAUUAACUAAAUUAGAAAACUGAUUCCAUUUGUAGAAUAACUGAAGUGUAUUACCUCUUCC